AUGAAGGUUUUAGUAGUUUGCGCGUUGUUGUGCCUCGGCGGUAGCCUGGCUGCUGCGAGCGGCGUAGUGGUGUGUUACUACGGAGAAUGGGCCAACGAGAGACCCGGGGUCGGCCGCUUCGGCGUGAGUGACCUGCCUACUGAUCUAUGCACGCAUAUUGUCUAUUCGUUCCUCUUGCCUAACGGAACCACGGGAGGCAUUAUUGCUCCUGAAGAAACUACUUACGAGGGAAAGGGCAAUUCUGUUGCUGACCUCAUUGCGUUAAAAGAGAAGAAUGCCGAUUUGAAAAUCAUGGCUGCUAUUGGUGGUUGGAAUGAAGGCUCAACUAACUUCACAGCGCUUGUCAACGACGAUACUUUGAGGGCAACCCUAGUCAGUAACUUGUACAACUAUAUUGAUUCCAACGGCUUCGAUGGUUUGGACUUGGACUGGGAGUACCCUGCACAAAGAGGUGGAGCAGACACUGACAAGGAACAAUUCGUGACUUUAGUCAAGGAGUUGAAGGAAGCAUUCGCAGCGAAAUCUUAUCUGCUGACCGCCGCCGUCGCCGUUACCCAGUCAAACAUCGAUUUGUCCUACGACGUUACCGGACUUAACGAAUACCUGGACUACUUCCACCUGAUGCUGUACGAUUUCUACGGCUCUUGGAAUACUGAGACUGGAGUAAACGCGCCCCUCUACGCUCAGUUAACUGACGACGCCUCCUUAAAAUGUUGUAUUUUCCGUAAAACGACAAAAAUUGUGACAAUUUUGCGUGAAAACGAGGUAGCGCUGCGCUACUCAAACCACCCCAGCUCCUCCACGAAACCUAGCAAGCGUUUCAGGUUAAGGUGUGUGUACAGUCACCACACGGGAUUGUUAUGCCAUUUAGGGAUCUUGCUUGGAAAUUCUAUAGCGCAAAACAACUCUGUCAACGUCUGGAUCAGCAACGGCGCGACUCCCUCCAAGCUGGUGUUGGGUCUGGGAGCGUAUGGCAAGACCUUUACCCUGACCAGUCUGAACAACACUUCCACCGGAGCGCCAGUCACCGGAGCUGGAGCAGCCGGGCCUUAUGUUGCAGAAGCUGGAACUUACAGUUACUAUGAGAUUUGCGAAGACCAAGUGAACAACGCCGCAGAAUGGAACAUUACCGAGGUUGAGGGCAACUACGUGUAUGCUAAUAAGGAUCUAUUCUGGGUCGGCUACGACAACCCCAACACUAUUAAGGCUAAGGCACAAUACGCCAAGACCAUGGGCCUAGGAGGCAUCAUGUACUGGGCCGUAGACUUGGAUGACUUCGGUGGCCUCUGCGGAGACAAGUACCCUCUCAUCUCAGCGGGCAUUGCUGGGUAUAACUCUGCUUAACUUUA